AUGGAAAGUAAAAAAGAAGUCAUAAAAAGGCCAUUUUACGUCUUCAAUCUUCCAGAACAAAUUCUCAACACAUUGACCUACAAUGAAGGUACGAAAAAUGAUCUCAGCGAGUAUCCGUACAAAGAUGAGCUCGAAAAAAAAGUAUCCAUAUCAUGUAGCGAAUUGGACGAACAAAAAGACGAAUUUUCAGAAAGCAUGUUCGACUCUAAUUCGUCUGAUUCGGAACAAAAGACAAUCAAACUAGAGGGAAAAGGUCCCGAAAAAACUCUAGAAGCUGAUAUUAAGCUGAACAAUCAAAUGAAUUCUGAGUCAGUUCAUCCGGAUCUCGAUAAAAAGCGUACAGCUAAAUCUCCACUGAUAUGGUUCAAUACUUCCAUCCUACCAGAGAACACCUAUCUCGGGAUUUACAGAGCUAUAUUUACUAAUGAUAAUCAAGAAUACGGCUCACUUUUAGUGGAUGUCAUCAAAAAGAAACAGCUUACGCCCCGCUCAAAUGCGAAAAUUUAUCCUAACCCUAACAACGAAAUUUCAUCAGAAGAUCUCAAUCACGACCCUCAUUUUUUCCUCUGCAUGAUUGGUGGCGGACACUUUGCAGCGACAGUUGUGUCCCUCGUUCCAAAGUAUACUCAGGCCAAAGAGAUCGGACCUAUGGUCAAGGAGGUCACAGUCAUCGCCCACAAGACAUUCCAUCGAUACACCACCCGUCGAAAACAAGGUGGUGCGCAAUCAGCAAAUGACUCUGCCAAAGGAGCGGCUCACUCUGCAGGUGCAGGCCUCAGGCGCUACAACGAGCAAGCUUUGAGGAACGAAGUGCGAGUCCUUCUCCAGGACUGGAAAGAAAUGAUAAAUAGUUCAGAACUUAUAUUUAUAAGAGCAACAGGAUCCUCUAACCGAAAUACUCUUUUCGGCCCCUAUGAUGGACAAAUACUUCGACAGGAAGACCCUCGAAUUCGUGGAUUUCCCUUUAGCACUAGACGUGCCACCCAAACUGAACUUUUACGCUCAUUUGUUGAACUUACUCGAACCAAAAUUGUAAAAAUAGACCCAUUAGCAACUAAAGCCGUAAAACCAAAAACUUCAGAGGAGAAUUGUUCAUCUACAUCUAUGAAAGGUAAAAAAAGUGCUACCGCUCCAUUGCUCACGGAGGAGGAGGAGAUAAAUCUACUGCAUACAUCUCAGAUUCAGGCGCUUAUUCGACGCCAGCGCUUACCCGCUCUUUUGACGUACCUAAAAUCGAACCUCUUAUCUCCCGACUUUCGCUUUUAUCCUCCAGAUAUUCCCCAAAACUUUCAUGCAUCUUCACCCCUUCUGUUGGCAUCAUCUCUGAAUUCUACACUCUUAGUUGAUGGGCUUCUAUUAAAAGGUGGCUCUGAUCCGAGUAUAAAGAAUGGCGAAGGGAAGACAGCAUUUGAAAUCGCCGGCGAGCGAUCUACGCGACAGGCGUUCCGUGUUGCACGAUUUGAAAUAGGAGAAGAGAAGUGGAAUUGGGAACAGAGUGGCGUACCUUCUGGAAUAUCACGAAACGAGGCAGAAGCUAGAGAUCAGACUGAGAAACAAGAAGAGGAGAAAAAAGAAGAACAAAGAAGAAAAGCUGAAACAGAGCGACUAAGAAAGAAGGAUCCUAGCCCAAAUACAGGAACCCCACCCAUUGGAAAAUCUGCAGCAAGGGUUAGAAUGGCGGUAACUGGGCAGGGACUAAAAAGUGCCCAGGAAAAGAGAGAAGAGGAAGCCAAGGGAUUGACGCCUGAAAUGCAGAUGAGGCUUGAACGAGAGCGUAGGGCAAGAGCUGCCGAGGCGAGAAUGAAAAAAGUAGCAGACAAGAAUUAA